AUGGUGCCCUUGGUGGACGCCACUGUGCACGAGAUACACUACACCUACAUGAGGAGCCUCUACGUGCGCAAGUUCGGCCCCGGGAAGCCGAAGCCGUCGGUCACUUGUGAGAUCCACGGUGGACGACACUUCGAUCGCAUUCGUGGCUGUCGCGGUAUUUUUGCCGUGCCCAUGACGGGCACGGACAUCGAAAAGCGCAUCUUGUCCUGGAGCGUCGUCUGUAACAAGAUGUCCUGGGGAAUGCUUCUCACGUUCGGCGGAGGCCUGGCACUGGCCGACGCCAGCGAGGCGACGAAACUAUCGGAUGACUUCGUGACCUUCGUGCAGGGUCUGAAUAUAGUCAACCCGGUGGUGAUGCAGGUAUUGCUCUCCCUGAGCGCCAGUUUCCUGACGGAGUUCACACCCAACGACGCGGCUGCCAGCAUGCUCCUGCCCGUUGUCAUCACUGUGGCAUGUGGCUUGCGCAUCAACCCUCUGUACUUGGCCGUUCCCGUGUCUUUGGCAGUGACACAGUCGUGUAUCCUGCCGGCAUCGUCUUCUGUCAUUACCAUCAUUGCAGACGAAGGACACAUCACCACCAAAGACCUGCUGGUACCUGGCAUCAUGGUCAAGCUCGUCUGCCAGAUUGUGAAUCUCGUCUUUAUCAACACGUCGGGCCAACAGGUGUUCAGGCUGAGCAAGUUUCCCAGUUGGGCCCAGAACUGCUCGACCGCCUAUACCGGGAAAACUGUGCAGUAG